ACUCUCUGUAUACAAUACAUUGGGGGUAAGCAAAAAGCUCUCAAUAACAUCGUCAGAAAGGUUUUUUGCGUGAUAGUGGAAAGUACCUUGUAGGCUCCUGUUUACAGGAUAACAUAAAAUUAAUAUUUAUUUUAAAUAUUAAAGUAAAUAAACUAAAUAUAUUAAUAAUAAUUAAAUUUCGUUUUUUUUUUAUUUUUUUUUUUUAAUUAUAAUUUAAUUAUAAAUUGUGAAUUUUAAAUUUUUUAUAAUUUUAUUUAUUUUUAAUAAAAUAAAAGUUUUUUGAGCAACAAGUUUUUUCAAGUUGUUUUAUUUUUUAUUAAAUCAAAAGUGAUUGAGAAUAUUAAGAUAAAAAUACUUUAUCAAAAAAAAAAAAUAUAUACAUAUAAUUGAUUAUCUUGAUUGAAGUUUUUUUUGGGGUUUAUUAUUUUUUAUAUUUGUGUGGGUGACAUGAGGGUGACUUGAGGCUGACGUCAAUUGCAACAGAUAAUUUAAUGUUAAAAUUAUUAAACUUGAUGAAAAUUUUAUGGUGAAUGGAUUUGACGAAAAAAUGUUCAAAUUUAAAAGUAGUCAGGGUAAUGCAGUUGAGAGUAAUCCAAUAUGGGAAGAAUAUUCAACUUCAAAGCAAACACCAACAGCAACAGCAGGACCUGAACAUGUAUGGAGAAUCUUUGAUGCAUACAGAAAAAGCGAUAGUCAGGAAGCAUCAGUAUUUGUAUUUGAAAAACGUUCUGUUGAAAAAUUUCAUAAACCAAAACAUAAGGAUAAUGUAACUGAGUUGUUACGUAAAUGUCCAAAAAAUUUAGAAGAAUUUCGUCAUCCAAAAUUAUUACAAGUAUAUAGUACUGUUAAAGAAUGUUCUGAAACAUUGGCAUUUGCAACUGAACCAGUACUUGGUAGUUUAGCAAAUGUAUUGGCCUACAGAGAACAACAAGCUGCUGCAGCAGCAAUUGCUAAUUCAACACAACAACAAAAUUAUAAUACUGGACAUCAACAAAAUCCAGGUCAACAUCAACAACCACAUCGGCCAGUUAUGAUUAAAAAAUAUGACAUGGUUGCAACUGAAAUUAAAUAUGGACUACUUCAGAUCCUCGAGGCACUGUCAUUUCUUCACUCAAGUCUAAAAGUUAUUCACAGAAAUGUAUGUCCUGCCAGUAUUAUUGUCACUAAAAAAGGUACAUGGAAAUUAUCUGGCCUUGAAUUUAUCGAACAAACCAACGAAGUCAGCCUGGAUCCCAUUCCCUGUCAUCCAUGGACCAACAAAUUAUCAAAAACAGUUCAACCAAAUCUCGAUUAUAUUGCUCCUGAAAUACAAUUAAAAAAACAAUGCAGUAUUAGAAGUGAUAUGUUUAGUUUGGGCAUGGUUAUUGCUGCAAUUUACAACGAUGGAAAAUCAUUAAUUCAAGCAAAUUACAGUAAUUCAGAAUUUCUCAAACAAAUUGAUAAUCUCAAUGAAAAUGUAUCAAUGAUAUUAUCAAGAGUUCCUGUUGCAUUGCACGAGGCAAUAUCAAGAUUAUUGUAUAAAGAUCCUGAAGCAAGACCAAUUGCAAAGCAUUUAUCAUUGAUAAAAUAUUUUAGUGAUCCAUCAGUACAUGCACUUCAAUUUCUUGAUGUUAUAAACAUGAAAGAUCCAAAUCAAAAAUCACAUUUCUACAAAGUUACACUUAAAGAAGGACUACCAUUUAUUCCAUUGAAAUUAUGGUAUCAACAUAUUUGGCCAUGUCUUUAUACAGAAUCGAAAUCACAAGAAGUAUUUGCAUCAGUAUUACAUCCAAUGCUUUAUAUUAUUGAACACAGUCGUCCAGAUGAUUAUGAAAAAUUAAUAUUACCAUCAUUUAGAGAAUUAUUUUCAGCACCAAGAUCAAUACAAGGAACAGUUGUUUUACUUGAAAAUUUACAUAUAAUAUUUUUAAAAACACCAAAUGAUAUAAUACAUUCAGAAAUGUUACCAAUGCUUUAUACAUCAUUUGAAAGUCCAAAUAUACAAGUACAAUCAUCAGCAUUUUUUGCUGUAUCAAAAGUAUGUGAUUAUCUUGAUGAUCAUGUUAUUAAAAAAAUUGUAUUACCAAAAUUAAUAAUGUCAUUUGAAAAUAAUACAACUGAUACACGUAUACUUAUGAAUUGUUUAUCAAGUAUACUUGAAACAUUUGAUACACAACAAAUUGUUGAUGAAUUUUUUCCAUUAUUAUGGGAUAUUAAAUUACACGAGGGUAAUUCUGUUGUAAAGGUUGUAAAUAUUUACAGAUUUUUGAUGAGUAAUAAAAAAUAUGGUUUAACUAUUAAUUUAAUUGCAACAAAAGUAAUGCCAAUAUUAUUACCAGUUACUGUUAAUUCAUCAUUAAAUCUUGAACAAUUUACAACAUUGUAUGAAAUACUUCAGGACAUGUUAUCACGAAUUGAAAGAAAUCAAAUAAACAAAUUAAAAUUAUCAUUAUCAAGCCCAGAACAUCAUCGUUCAUUACGUCAUCAAUACAGUACAGAUAAUAUGCAUGUACCACCAUUUAAUAUACCUGGUUUACGUAUUGAUCAACGUAAAACAUCAUCUGCUGAAAAUAUGGAUAGAAAAAAUUCAAUUGGUUAUGAUAAAUCAAUGACAGUAUCUGCUGAAAAUAUGAAUCAACGUAAAUCAUCAGUAUCUGGAUUUUUAGAUAAUUUAUUUUUUCGUUCAUCACAAUCAGCAAAUGAUAGUACAUUUUUACGUGUUUAUAAUGCAUUUCCAAGUCGUCGUUUAUCUGAUAAUACAUUAAUGACACCAAAAAUAAGAAUUGCACCAUCAUGUUCAAGUUCACCAGGUGGUACACCUGGUGGUGGUUUACCAAUAAGACGUCAUUCAUCAACUGGACCACAAGAAAGACGUGGAUCAAAUGUUAAUUUAUCACCACCAACUGGAAUGCCAACGACAAGUAGCAGUGUACCAUAUUUAUUAAGUUCAAGUAUGACUAGUAUACGUAAUUCACGUCGUCCAUCAGUAUCAUCAACAACAUCAGCACAAGGAAGUGGUCUACUACAACAAUUUGGCACCGGAAUGUGCCAACUUUUCUCCGGUCGUUCUUAAAGCAAGUGUGGCUCUGUGGAUAUUGCGGUGUUGGUGGGAAUAUUAUCAUACCGCCUGCAUACAUCUCAUCAAUAUCGCUUAAUAUCAAAAUAUAAAUAAAUAUAUUCAUAAAAUAUAUAACAAAAAAAAUAUAUAUAUUUAUAUAUAAAAUAAUAAUAAAUAUAUAAAACAAAAAAAAAAAAAAA